AUGUUAAGCAGCACAUAUCACAACAGAUCCCACUUCUUUCAACCCACAUGUGUUUUAAUCUUUAUUAAAUUUAUAGUAAAAUUAACAUCCAAGUUUUAAUAACACUUUAACACUUUACCAAGUUGUACACAAUACUCAUUUUAAGAGCGUGAAAACGAUACCCAAGAGAAUUUCGGCAAAACUAGUGAAUACAAGAAGCCAAAAUGACGUCGAUUGUGGAGAUGCCGAGGGCCAAUUUGGAGGAGGCCUUGCCACCAUGGAUGAAGAUAGACUGGUCGGACGAGGUGCUCCACGACAUUUACAGGGACUGGGGAACGUACUAUUCCCGCCGCCGUCGGGAGAACUUCGCAUUGCACUAUCUAAACAAGGCACUCGCCUUGGAGCCAACGGAUCACAUGACCCUCUACAAACGAUGCCAGAGCAAGAGGAAGGCUGCCCAGAUGCUGGGUGCGCUGGAUGACAGCCGGGCAGCUGCCAAGCUCGCACGUAGUGUGGAUGGCGAGGAAAAGGCCAUUAUCAAUCUCGAUAUUUGUGAUGUACUCUACGAACUAAACCAGUUCGAAAACAGCAAGGCUGAGAUGCACAAUAAUAUGCGAGUUUUUAUUGGUAAUAAAAGAAAGAGCUUCGAGCAGCGUCAGUUGGUGGUGGAUGGCGUGAUCAAAGAUGUGACUGGUGAGGCCAUGUCAGCCUUCUUUACAAAGAAUUUGAAGACCGUCAGCAUUGUUCACGAUUUGAUCAAGGAAAGGGAAAGGGUCGAUAAUCGACCCUUGUGGAAGAUACUGAAGGAGCAGGGCAAGUGCGAUGUGCAGAGUAUCCCGGAGGUUCCGGAGGAGAUGCUCUCGCCCAUGGAGAUUGCCCGCCGGAAGCGUGCCUUUAACAUCUUCCACCAGAGUUACAUCAACGACUCCUGGAUCGAUGUGCUCUUCAUGAAGAUGCUGUGCAAGAAUCCAAACCUUUUGCUAUCCCAGUGCAAGGAGUCCUCUUACUUCCUUCAGCAGCUUUCUAGCAAGCAAUACGAGAUUGUUCGCAAGUUUAUGAAAAUGCUGCAGUCCCGCUCCCCACUUUACCUGGUCAAUUAUCUGAAAUACGGCAAUAAAGCCAUGUCGGAUAAAUACCGUGAGGCCUACCUGUUCCGCGUACAAUAUCAGACACAUCGUAACAUGAACCAGGCUCUGAAGGAGAUUAGGGCACUCCGCAAGGCCAAGAAGGUUCAGCAAUUGGCGAAAUUCGUGGAGGAGCUAAUGGGCACAUAUGUGGUCCUAAAGACGGCCCGUGUGAUGUGCUGGAAAUUUGAGUUCCUUAACGAGGUUUACAACACAAUGGCUUUGACUUUGGCCGAACAGCUUCGAGUGCCCAAAGGCUUCACGCCCCACGGUAGUAAUGCUAUACUAAGGCUGCUCCGUCUGCCAGUGGAAAGGAUCAAGGAUUUUGUUCCCGUGACAUUUGGGGACCGAGCACCAGAGCCGGAGGGCAACGAUCCAGCAACUACAAGGGCCAAGAGGUUAACUGCGCGCCUGGAACAUCGAAUGGUCUUUGCCAAGUAUUCGAUCGAAAAGUGUUAUUUGUUGCACCAGAUUUCGCAAUCUUACUUGGAUCAAGGACGUCAUUCAGAGUGUACUUACAAUGCCCGCAAGGCAAUUAAAGAGAGCAAGAAUUGCAAUAGUAAUCUGUGGAAGUUCCUCAGUGUGGUUCAGAUAGUCAAGGCCAAUGCCAUACUGCACAAGCUGGAACAGACCAAGGAAGCCCUAGAAGAUGCCCUUCCCAUCGCCCAUUUUCUGAAAUCUUCAGAGUUGAUUCUCUUCAUAGAGAACUGCAUGGCGUGCAACACGGAGGAUUCGAUCAACAAGCGGGCCACCCUAAUGCAGUCGCGCCGGGUGAGCAAGUCGGAAUCUGUGGCCACCCACUCGCUGGUCAGCGGCCAGGAUGACUCCCAAGGAGGUUAAUAUUAUAUACUUGACUAUUUUCCAUUUGUUUUACUAUUUUACGGUUACACCAAAC